GGGCUGUUUGCAUUCCUCUCCUGGAAUGGGAGCAUCGCAACGAGUGGAGGCAUCCGUGGUGUGUGUGUGUGUGUGGCUUUAAACUCUAUCUGUGCGGUGCAAGCCUGAAACACAAUGCAAGAAGCUGGAGAGGAGCCAGGAGACCAGUUUGCAGACCAGAAGAGCGGCCCAUUUGAGAACACUCUGCCUGACAAUGUUGGGUUAGAGCCAGACGCUGACAUCUACAUGGACUUCAUGAAAACGCAUCAGUGUUACGAUGCCAUCCCGACCAGCUCAAAGCUUGUGGUGUUCGACACGACCUUACAGGUAAAGAAGGCCUUCCUGGCGAUGGUGGCUAAUGGUGUGCGGGCUGCCCCUCUCUGGAACAGCAAGGAGCAGUGCUUUGUGGGCAUGUUGACCAUCACUGACUUCAUCAACAUCCUGCACAAGUACUACACAUCUCCGAUGGUGCAAAUCUAUCAACUGGAGGAACAUAAGAUUGAGACUUGGAGAGAGAGUUAUUUACAAGGUUCUUUGAAGAAACUGGUCAGUAUCUCUCCGAAUGACAGCCUGUUCGAUGCAGUUUACUCUCUGAUCAAGAACAAAAUUCACCGGCUGCCAGUGAUUGAUCCAGUGUCUGGGAACGUGCUCUAUAUCCUGACUCACAAACGCAUCCUAAAGUACCUGCACCUCUUUGCCUCCAAGCUGCCCAAGCCGGCCUUCAUGAAGAAGACACUCGGAGAGCUGAGGAUCGGGACCUACAGGCAGGUGGCCUUGGUGGAGGAGACCUCUACCGUGUUCCAAGCUCUCACCAUCUUCGUGUCACGGAGAGUGUCCGCACUACCCGUCGUUAACAACCUGGGUAAAGUGGUGAAUCUUUACUCGAGGUUCGACGCUAUAAACCUUGCUGCUCAGAAGGCUUACAACAAUCUGGAUGUGAGUGUGAAGGAGGUGUUGGAGCAGAGGUGGCAUUGCUUUGAGAAUGUUCUCAAGUGCUACGCCCACGAGACCCUGGACGUCAUCAUUGACCGUCUCGUUGAACAUGAGGUCCAUCGCCUGGUGUUGGUGGAUGAGGAGGACGUGGUCCAAGGGAUUGUCUCGCUGUCCGACAUGCUCCAAGCGCUCGUCCUCUCUCCGGCAGGCCUCAAUGAACUGUCACCACUCCACCACACCGGAGCUCCCGCGCAGGUUACGGGGACGGGCGGCCCGUGAGCUUGCGGGCCGCGCAUCGCAGAGUGAACAUCUCCUCGCAGGACGAGCUCGCGGCCGAAGGUCAGCGAUUCCCGGGAUUUCCACGGGAGAAGAUUCCGUGCGUGGACAGCCUCGGAUUGAACGUGUGGGACGGAACUGCAGAUGCUGGUUUAAACCGAACCCAGGCAAAAAACGCUGGAGUAACUCGGCGGGACAGACAGCAUCUCUGGAGAGAAGGAAUGGGCGACGUUUCGAU